CACUAGACAUUUGCCAUCUCCUCCAUCACCCUACCCCGCCAUGGUGCAGCCCUCCGACGCAGCAGGCCCAUCAUACACACCGCGGCACACGCUCUCAGGUCACACGCGCGCGGUGACCGCGCUGCGGUUCAGCUCGGACGGGCGGAGCUUGGUGUCAGCAGGCGCAGACGGCUACGUGCACUUCUGGGACGCGAGCAGCGGCGCACACCAGCGCGUACUGAGAUGUCACCGGACGGGCAUCAACGACAUCUCGCUGUCCCCGGACGGGCUGUACCUCAGCACGGCAAGCGACGACGGCACGGCGCAAGUCUUCUCGACCGACCCGCUGUCUGCCCCGCGCGCAUCACAAGGACCCGUACUCAUCGCGCCGCCGCUGCGCAGCCUGGCAGCGCACACAGCGCCGGUGCUCGCCGUCGCGUUCAGCCCGACGUCCAACCUCGUCGUCACGGGCUCGAUGGACGAGUCGGCCAUCGUGUGGGACGUGCGGAGGGGCAAGAGCCUGCGCACGCUGCCUGCCCAUGCGGAGGCGAUCUGGAGCGUUGGCUGGGACGCCGAGGGCGCCCUGGUCAUCACCGGCAGCGCGGACGGCUUAAUACGACUGUGGGACGCGAAUACUGGCCAGUGUUUGAAGACCUUUGACAACGAGUCCAACGCGCCAGUCUCCUCAGCCUCCUUCACCCCCUCGUCCUUCUUCAUCCUCAGCUCGACGCUGUCCUCCACGAUCCGCAUCUACUCGCUCCACACGGCAAAGGUGCUCAAGACGUUCCAGGCAGCAGAGUACGUGAGCGAAAAGUUCCCCACCCCGGCCAUCGUGUUCGCUGCGCCGGGCGGGGCGCUCGCGAACGGCCAUGACGCCGACGACGCGAUGGACGUCGACGGCGUCGCUGGCGUCGGCACCGUGGGCGCGGCGCGCGUCGUUGCUGGCUCGGAGAACGGGCACGUCGUCAUUUGGGACUUGCAGGACCGCCGCGUCGUCCAAGUGCUGGAGGGGCACGACGCGCCUGUUGUUGCGCUUGCCGUGCAUCCUGAUGGGAGGACCAUUGCCACUGGCGCCCUCGAGCCCGACAAGAAGAUCAAGGUCUGGCAGUGGCAGUAG